GAUUUGUUGGAGUUGUGAACAUCCCAACCAACCGCUGCGCAGCUGUGCAGCUCCCACCACCCACCCACUACUAGCACCACCCACGGUGAUGAAAGAUUUUGAUGAGGGCCUCUCGUAGCUUUGACACACUGAUUGAUCGAUCGUCGAUCCCAAAUCACACAAAUAUAUUUUCGAUCGUCACUCGUUUUAAAUUUUAAUCCUCAUCGCCACCGUUCCGUUGCCAUCUGAUUUCGAUCUGUAGAUUAUCUGUCUAGGAGUCAGUCACAUGUACAGGAAGUGGAUGCCACCUGGAGCUGAAGGAAUGGGAAGAGGAUUGUGCAUUCGAAUUCUGUGCUUCGUCUGAAUCAUGGAGAUCAGUUCUUACCUUUCUCCUCAGAUCUGUCUCUACGCUGCCGCAGCCAGAAGCACGGCCUGGAUUCGAGUCUAAUUGCCGAUUUAUAAAUCAUAUCCGUCUCCCCGGGAUCAAGGUUGGCAAGAACCAGUUGAGACUGACCAGUGGUGACUGGGUAGCAGAUUGAUUCGACAGGUUCUAUCACAAUUCUGCGAUCCGAUGUGAAUACAUCUGUAGCAUAUUAGUUUCGCAGCAGCUGCUUGGCCUUCGGAUCCAUCCUCAAUUACUGUGUGCAGAGAGUGCUGAUCAUUAGACACUAUGCUAGCCGUCGAUGAACCGACAGAGAAGCCUCCGACAUUGCUGCGUCUGAACUCGUCACGCGGACUGAAUGUGGCCUAUGAGCACAGCCACAGUCCUCAGGGUUCAGACCAUGCCUUCGAAGAUGACAUUGGGUUCGAGUCGUUUCAGAGAGCAGUUAAAGAUGCUAUCAAUCUUGACAGCUAUGCAGUUUCUGCAUACGAUACUGCGUGGGUGGCAAGGAUUCCGAAGGCACUAAAAGGAGGCAGACCGGUACCGCACUUUCCCGAAGCUCUGCAAUGGGUCGAGCGAAACCAAAUGGCUGAUGGAUCAUGGGGUGAACAACAACCCCUGACUGUUUUCGACCACUACUUCUCAACUCUGUCGUGCUUAAUUGCACUGAAAUCGUGGGAUACAGCUCCCCAAUGUGUUUCGAAGGGAGAGCAGUAUCUCCAGGAAGGUCUAUCGAGUAUUAAAGACGAUGAGCUGAAGUAUGUGUCCCACGGCAUGAAGAAUGCAUUUGCUGCAAUGUUGGAAGAAGCAGAGAAACUGGGCUUGACCAUAGCUCCUGCUGCAACUCCACCAUGCGUAGAAAGUCUUCGCUCUGAUCGCACCAAAGUUUUGGAAAGGUUGGAGAAAAUUGCUGACCUCAUUGCAGACUGCCCCAAGAAGCUCCUGAGCUUUCCAGAAGGUUUAGAACCAGUCUUGGAUUGGGAAGGCAUUCGCGAACUUCAGUUUGAAGAUGGGUCUAUUUUCUCAUCCCCAGCUGCGACUGCCUGCUUUGUCAUGCGAACAAAAGAUUCCAAGGCACUGAGCUACCUGACAGCCCUGAUUGGGAGAUUCAACGACGCAGUGCCUAGCAUGUAUCCGACUCCCUUAUCGGAAGUGCUCAGCAUAGUCGAUCACCUCGAGCGCCUCAACAUCGAUCGCUACUUCAGCGCUGAAGUCAAGGAUCUGCUAGAUAUACUCCACAGACAGAGUGAGCCCGAUGAGGACGACAACGACGAUGAGUCGUCAGACGACAUUGAGACUCACGCAAUGAUCUUUCGAGCUCUUCGAGAGCACGGAUAUGAUGUUACUCCAGAUACCUUCCUUCUUGAGGGGAUUAGCAAUGGUCAGGUUGGUCAGCUUGGAGCCAGGGGCAUGCUGCAAUUAUACCGUGCUUCAGAGAUGAUCUUCCCGGGUGAAUUGCUCCUUGACUACACCAAAAACAUCACCACCACGUUUCUGAAGUCCACUCUCGCUAGCAGCAGCGAUGCUGCCCUCAAGAAAGAGAUUGAAGAUGCUCUCCACUCCCCACAUUUCAUGCAAUUCCGAGCAUUGGAGAGCAUGAAAUACAUAGACCGCUUUGAGGCCAGCGUGGAAGCAGAAGAAACUUAUUUCGAGAUGACAUUUUCCAGGCUUAUGCACAAACUCAACCCCCUGAUGAUAGCGUUUGCUAAAGUGAACUUCAACAAUUGCCAAGCGAUAUACCAGGAAGAAUUGCAGACUCUGACAAGAUGGGACGAAGAAAACCUCAGAAAGCUCUACAACUUUCAACGUCAGCCAUUAUUACCAGCUUUCUUGGCAGGCGCGGUGGGCAUGCCGGACCCCAAACUAUCUCUUGCUCGAUCAGUUUGGACCAGAGGUUCGGUGCUGGUUACGGUCAUAGAUGACCUCUUCGACGAAGCAUCACUGCAUGAUGGAAUUCAGGGUCUCAGACUCUUCCACGAAAGCAUCAAACGAUGGGAUCCGUCAAUCGUUGAUACGUGCUGCGACUCGGUGAAAAUCCUGGCCAGACUGCUUAUGAACGAGGUUGAUAGCUUGUGCAAGGAAGCGAGCGAGGCCCAAGGAAGGGACCUCACUCCUUUCCUCAGAACUCUCUGGCAAGAUGUGAUAGCGGAGUUUUUGACCGAAGCUGAGUGGAACGACUCCGGAUAUCAACCAAGCUCGGAAGAGUAUCUGAGGACUGGAGCUAUAUCAUUCGGUCUUGGGCCCAUUACCUUGUACACUAUAUUCUGCUACGGUGAGCACAUUUCCGAUGAUAUGAUCGAGGACGACGACUACUUGGAGGCCUUCGACCUCGUCAACCAGUACGGAAGGCUCAUCAACGACCUCAGAACCCACUCCAGAGAAGUGUUAGGGGGCCACAACUCAUUCAUCAGUGUGUACCAAAGAGAGCACCCCAAGGAAUCGAAGCAAGAAGCAUACGCAAGUGUGCAAAAUGUGCUGAAGGGGUUGGCAUCAAAAGUGUUCUCGAAAUUGCUGAACCCAAGGUACAGCUCUCAAUCGGUUAGGGAAACGCAUUUGGUCAUGAUGCGGUCUCUCUACCUCAUGUAUUACGAAGUCGAUGGCUACCGCUUUACCACUCACGAGCUCAAAAAGCAAAUUCAACGCUUUUUCUACAAACGCUUCCCCAGCGAGUAGUGAAUCGUCUUCACCAAACCUGUUGCAAUCAGUGGUUUGUGCUGUGUGAUAAGAUCUACGGUAAAAUCAUGGCAUCAAGAACCUUCACAAGAGGAUCUGCCGAUCCAUGAAUCUUUUAAAGGAUCGUUGACAACUUGAAGGCAAAGAGUUCACAUUUCACAACUGGUGAAUCAUCAGUACCCUCCUUUUUUUUUCAAGUGAGAGGUAAAAUCACCGAAGGUGAAAUUAUGGAUCAAAACAUAAGUUUUAGACGGUCCAUAUUCCUAUAGAGAGUUCUAUGAUUCGACGGGUUCAUGGCUCUUUGAAACGUUGCUGCUAUAUGAGGGUCAUAUUUAGAGUUUUCAAACAUAGUUCCCCUUUUCAAUCUUCAGAAUCUUCAACUCGCAGAUUUGAAGGGUGGAAGCUGAACGAGGUCGAAUUCAAUUCCGCUUUAGAAUCUUCAGAACCUCCACGUGAGUUGGUCGCAAGAGCAAUAUUUCUCAAACUAUUACCCCUGAUGAUAAUUUCUGUACACAGUAUGAUGAACUCCAGUACGGUUCGACAUCUAAACCUGAGCGAGCGAUCGAGAGACCAGACCAUGUUCUGACACCAUAAUGUCACCAUAAUUUGAAUUGUAAGUUAGUGGAAUCUAAUUUUUUUCUUCUU